CUCACUUUUACUUGGCGCAUUCGCGUGAGAAGCAUACAAAAAAAUGGGAAUUAUAGCGAGUAAUUCGUAUUUAAUGGGAAUUGCAACCGGCUCCUUUUUGGGAAUAACAGCAACUUAUCUCGUUUUAAGAUUUAAAGGUAUUAAUAACCCGCCGGAAGCUGUACCGAUCGAGGAACGUUUCGAGUUCCCCGAUCCGAAAGACGAAUAUAGAUUAAUUAUGGCGAUACGAACUGAUUUAAAGAUGCAAAAAGGUAAAGUUGCCGCUCAAUGCGGGCACGCCUCCGUAGCGGCCUACGCCAAAGCUUUAAAAUUAAAACCAAAAACUCUUCAGAGGUGGUUAAGAUACGGUGGGACGAAGAUUACGGUUAAAGUUGAUAACGAGGAGGAUUUGUUAAAUUUGGAUCGAGCCGCGAAGGAGAUUGGGGUGUUAUCGAGUGUUGUGAGAGACGCGGGUCAGACUCAGGUUGCGCCGGGGAGUCGGACGGUUAUUGCGAUCGGGCCCGCACCGAAAAGCGUAUUAGAUCGGAUUACGGGACAUUUAAAGUUGUAUUAAAACAAAAACGGCCAACCCAACCCAACCUGUGAGGGUCAUCCCGGAGAAGACGAGGACAGGGGUUUUUAGUGUAAUUAUAUUGUAAUUUAAAUAUAAAAUUUUAAAUCGCCAAUGGAUUUCUCUUUAUUUUGCAUUGAAAUUAUAAAAUUAUAACUUUUUGAUUUGAGGUGCUUUUUAUUGGUCUAUUAAGCUGUAAUUAUUUUGGCUUACGCAAGCUAAAUAUAGCUUAAUAGAUCCACAAAAAGCACAUUAGAUCAAAAAUAUUUCUGUAUUCAAAUUUUAAAUUAAAUAAAAGAUUUGAAUUUGG